AUGUUGCCAUCCGUGCGAGAACCGUCGCCCUCUUCGUCGUCGUCCAAGGCGCUGGCGUGGAUCACAGUCGCCGCGUGGGCCUCAUUAUCAUGGCACGGCGUCGAGGCCGCCAACACGCCGUCCACAUCACCGUAUCCGCUCACGACAGACGCCAACUGCACGUGCUACCACACCAACAGCUCGACGGCCAACUAUUUUUCGCACCACAGCUUCUUUGAUUUCCGGAACCUGAGCGAGUACGCGCACACACCGCCCGUCCUCAAGGACGCACCGUCCAACAUCAACGCGCCGGCGACGAAUGCCUUUUUUUCGUCGGACCGCUGGACCAACAUGUGGAUGGCACAGAACUGGGACAACGGCGCGCUCAUGAAGGCCAACAACUCGGACGUCACCGGCAGCGACGCGACGCUGUUCAUGGUCAACUCGCCCAACAACAUUUACAUUGAGCACAACUCGGACCACGUCGGCAACCUGUCCAGCCGGGCGGCCGGCGCCCACCACCGGACGCUGCACGCCCGCGACAUACCGACGUACAUGGUGAUGCGCACGGCGCGGCUCAACGCGUUCCAGACGUCGGCCGAGAUCGAGUCGUCGUCGCAGGGCUACAAGUACCUGUCGGUGCGCAUGUACGCGCGCACCGUCGGGUCGCCCGGCGCCAUCACGGCCAUGUUCACGUACCGCGCCGGCGCCAACAACAACCUCAACCUCGUGCAGGAGUCCGACCUCGAGAUCCGCACGCGCGACCCGCCCACGCGCGUCCAGUUCACCAACCAGCCCUCGUGGAACGCCGACGGCGACAUCCCCCAGGCCACGCGCAACGUCACCAUGCCCGGCGGCAACCGCUGGAACGACUGGGCCCACUACCGCAUGGACUGGACCCCCGGCGCCACGUCCUGGUACGUCGACGGCCAGCUGGCCUCCACCAUCACCUUCCAGGCGCCCCGCGACCCCUCCCAGGUGAUGUUCAACAGCUGGAGCGACGGCGGCUCCUGGAGCGGCAACAUGAGCGCCGACGGCGCCGCCUUUUUGCAGAUCCAGUGGAUCGAGAUGGUCUUCAACAACACCGACGCCGCCUACAUGCCCAAGCCCGGCGGCUGCAGCAACAUGUGCAGCAUCGACGAGACGCCCGUGACGGGCACGCCGGUGCUGGUGUCCAGUGGAGGCCAACGUGGACAAGGCGGAAACGGUGGACAGGGAGGAAACGGUGGAAAUAGAGGGAAUGGGGGGAAUGGAGGGAAUGGAGGGAAUGGAGGGAACAAUGGCAAUGGCGGAAACAGAGGCAACGGAGGGAACAAUGGAAAUGGCGGAAACAGGGGGAAUGGAGGCAACAAUGGCAACAAUGGAAACAACGGCAACAACGGAAACAACGGCAACAGCGGAAACCACUACCAAAACUGCCAGUCGGCCAAGUACGGCCAGUGUGCGGGCAAGACGUGGAACGGCUGUGGCGGCUGUGCGGCCGGAACGACCUGCAGGUUCCAAAACGACUACUAUUCGCAGUGUCUGUGA